CAAUCAUGUCCCUUCCUCCUAAAGGGUUACAGUAUGUCCAUCUACACGCCUUUUCCAUGGACAUCUAACUCCUGAAAAAAAAUUGCUCUAAUAUUUAUCGUCAACAUUCCCAGCGGAGCUUCCCUCACAAGAUGUGAAAUCAAUACGCUUUAUAACCCCAAGAUCUUCGACCCACGCAAACCUGCAGUAUUGUGUUUUAUAUCGUCUAAAGGAGAGUCAACGGAAACCCAUCGACGCGCGCAGGACACACGGUACACAUAUUUCGCGUCUUGUUUGGAGGGACGCACAACGGAAAGUCCGUUCACCCCGUCACUGACAGCAUUUCCACCUUGUUCUCUCAGAACGAAACAUAGCCUCCUGAAAUAUAUGGAACGGGAAUUUACAGCUUUGCGCAGCAAUAUCCUGACUAAUGUGACUUGAUGAAUUACUACAGUAAAAUAGAGGAGCAAGAGAUAUAUUUUUUGUGGUUUUAAAUCUUCUGACAAGAAAGUUCGCGCGGUCCUGAACAGCUCAACUGAAAGAUGCGCGCGGACUCGUACUACUAUGAGGUUUGGUGUACAGUACGACUCUUUUAAAGCUUUACCGUGUUACUGUCAGUGAUUUCACUUUUCGCUUUUCAGACUAUUGCCUCUAUUUAGUAAAGGCGGAUAUCUGUUGCUCGAGAACUGCUACAAGCAUUAACGUUUAGCAGGUUGCUCAUUGUUUCGGCGCUCGUGUUCAUCUUUAGAAAUCAGAGGUAGCUGUUGUUGUUUACCGAGUUUACCGGCGCCUCACGGGCUUCUGCAAUGCGAGGCUCGGAUUCAAACCGUUUGACAUCUCUUUGGAAAGCCAGUCGACUGUCAAAUUGUAACUGAAUCAAAUCGAAUGAGCCGGACAACUGGAUUGCUGAGUCGCGAGCUCACGGCCUAUUGAACACAUUAGCACCUGUCACAUCAGUCCAGCCAAGGUCAUCGCUCCUUCUCUUCAUUCUCCAUCCGACUGUUAAACACUAAGUCCGGCACUCUGCUCUUUUACAAUGGAGAGCCUAAGUGAGCUUCAGAACCCUCUUUUGGAUAAGAACAGCAAACACAUGGUGAUGGCCGAUUAUGGCUAUGGAGGCGAUUUCCACAGCAACCAGUAUCAGGAGAACAUUAUAAACUACUUUGUGACUGGUGGAGGAGGUGGCGGCGGAGGCGGGGUUGCAGUCACAGGAGGAAAUGGCAAGGCUAAAGCCCAGCUACUGGAUGCCACCUCGCUUCACUUGGCGGUGGAGGCCUUUUACAAGCCUAACUUCAUCCUUUACAAGGACGACGUGAGCGGCAAGGGCAAGGAUUGCAAAAACGAGUGCUGCGAGACCACCUUCAUGGAGAAGAAAGACAAGGACGUAGUGGUGGAGACCCCCAGUACGGAGGACCCACAGGCGAAACUGCUGGACGAAAAUGAGGUGAAAAUCCAGACGGUGUCUUAUGAAGUGGAGGAAGAGGAAUACGUGGAGUACGAGACGGAUUGCUCCAGCGACAGUGAGAGCGAGGACAACUUCAUCGUCAUCCCUCCUCGCGAUCACCUGGGCCUCGCUAUCUUCUCCAUGCUCUGUUGCUUUUGGCCUCUGGGCAUUGCUGCUUUCUACUUUUCUCAGGGGACCAGCAAAGCCGUAACCAAGGGAGACUUCCCAUUGGCUAGCAUCGCAUCUAGACGAGCCUUGUUCCUAGCCGCUCUCUCCAUCACCAUUGGAACGGGGGUCUACGUAGGCGUAGUGGUGGCCCUCAUUGCAUAUCUGUCCAAACCAGGCCACAUUUAGCACAGCCAGAGAAGGACUACAGAACUCCACGAUACUACACAACCACCUCUGAACGUCUUUUUCUAAAUGUCUCAUUCUCAUCCCUCCCCGUGGACUGCCUGUCCGCCCAAAUCAGAGAAAGGGAUGAACCAGAAGAGGAUGAACCAGAAGAACUGGGGACUAUAAAUAUAUAAUGUAAGCUUCACCUUGUGUCACACCACACUGACUAAAACUUAACUAAGUCUGAGAGCAGUUCAGGUGAAGAAUAUAUACUACCGACAAAUAAGCAAUCCAAUUAACCAAACCCAAAGGGAAGCUAUUCCAAAGGACACAUGUAAGGAUCAAAAGGGAGUAAGUGCCCUUGGAUUUGUUUUUCCCUUUCCAACUGUGCUUCGUUCCGAACCUUAAAGAGAAUUCAAGCCGUUCUCCGUUUCUCUCUCUCAUUACUUACUUACUCCGUUAAACCCUGUAUAUGCGUGUGGCCCAAUUAAACCAGCACUGCUGAAUAUACCAACUGCAGUCUGUGAGUGCCAUUAAAAAGGACAGAAAGUUGUCCAAAAUAACACCGCUUUGUAUGUUAUAUAAGCGAAUGCUCAUGAUCGCGAUAUGGAACUUCAGGACAAGAAAUAAAAUAUCAAAGACAAUGCAGUCCACAUAUAUGAAUUGAAAUUCUUCUGUGAAAUUCAGCACCAUUUAUACACACAACAUGUAUGUCGUUUCCACUUGUUUAGGGCUGUGCUUUGUGUAGUAAAUUCUUUGUAUUUUGUUUUGUCCGAAAGUCCAAAUCUUCGUUUUGACCCAACAUAGGCUGCAAGAGUUAUCAUGGUAGAAGAAAAAAAAUAACAAGGAAAACAAUUGUUUAUUUUAUAUCUGUAAGGAUUUGCUUGCGUUUAACCGAUUCUCUUUUACUCCCAGAUGUCUGAACUGAAUAGAAAUGACCGUACACGUGGAUGGUAUGGCGAUGUGUCCUUUCUCUCCCCAAAUGCAUCACUUAAUGUCUCUUCUGAUUUAAAAGAAAUCUUGAGAGUUCGCAAAACUCAAGACAGAUGAUUAAAAAAUGUACUAUAUACUUUCCUCAAAUCCUAAGAUGGAUGUUUGAACAAAAAGGCAGGUUUUGUUUUCAGGUGAAAGGGACUGAGAUUGAAUCUAUUAAUAAUGUAUUGGAUGUCUCGAAGCUCGCAGGCAUGAGAACGAACACACGGGGGAUGUUGAGUUAAAGGUCGACUAGUCUAUUUCAACAACAAUGGAGACUGAAUCUGGUGUAGUCAUCCGCAUAAGAACUUCAAAAACAUGAAAACUAUGGGUUCUCUGGUGGCUAAAUAGUGAUUUGGGGCUUGACUUGAAUUCCUAUGGUACAGACCUCAGUUGGAAGCUGGUAGAAUUGAAAAUGGCCACAUUUAGCUUCCCAUGGUGAUUUGAAAUACCCAAUAGCAGUGAAUACCCUGAUUAUACACAAGGUCUUUAAGGGCAUUAAGUUCACAAAACAUAGUAUAAAAUUCUUAAUUUUUUGAAAUUUUAUUGUAAGUAACCACUUAAAAGCAAGGCUAAACUCUAAAGGUUAUGCUUUACCAUCUUCAUGUAAAAUUGUAAGUACAACUGAGCAACAGUAAGGAACAAGCUGUACUUGGACUUCUGUUGUGGGAGUUAAGUAACUUCCGCCUGGAGUUAAGUAUCGUUAUUGCUAUUAUUAUACUGCUGAAUUAUAUCAAUGUGUAAAAAGCGUAACCUGGACACUGCAAUAAAAAUUGUAAACGGAUACAUCUGAUUAAAAAUACAUGAUCUCAAAUAAGAGUCAACAGAUCAGGGAAAAAUGUCUACAGGAGGACAGGUUUCUAUUGGUGCAGUGCUUUUGUUAAGGUUAACCAGUCCCUCCAGAAAAACCCAGAUUUUUUUUGUGAUUGUUGCGGGCAAAAAUCCUUGAUUUUGCGGCACGUUUU